UUUUUAGAAUAUUAGUUGUAAAAUCUAUUUUAGGAUCCCACGAUUCGUUUAGUAGCAGACUGGAUCCUAGGUCUGAAAUAGGCCCAGAUGUAGACCUGACUGUUCGACUUUUAGGACCUCUUGCUAAAGGGAUACUCAACAAGUGGAGUGUAACUCAGAGCUUAAACUUCAAAAUGCAGCUUUCAAGUGGCAUUAGAUAUUUUGAUCUCCGUGUUGCUUCACGCAGUGGGACACCGAAUAUACAUUUUCUCCACACGCUUUAUGGAACAACCGUUAAAGAAGGACUGGACGAAAUCAUUGAUUUUUUAGAUGACAAUAAGAAAGAAAUAGUGAUUUUAGACUUCAAUCAUUUCUAUCAAAUGUGUGAGGACCAACAUCAAGAAUUUUUGAAGAUGCUAAUAGAGAAAUGCGGCGAAAAGCUGUGCUUGUUUGUGGGAAUCGAGAAUCUCACUUUAAAUAUGCUAUGGGAAAAUGGGCUACAGAUCAUUAUUGUGUAUCAUCAUAAGAUAGCGGCGGAAAUUUGUCAUGUUUGGCCGGGAUCUACAUGUGUGUCGUAUUGGCCCGAAACGACGAACGUCCACAAGAUGUUUGAUUGUCUUAACAACGUAACACGAAAAGAAAACGAAGGGCACUUUAAGGUGUGCCAGUGUGUUCUCACGCCAGAUACAGGCUAUAUUCUAAAACAUAUGAACGGGUCAAUACUAGAAAACUUUGCCAAGAAAGUUAUGCCAGAUGUUAUGAGAUGGUUAGCACGGCAGAAAAGGGGGAAGUGUGGUAUUAAUAUAGUAAUAGUUGAUCAUAUAGAGCUUGAUGAAUUUGCAAAAUCUGUGAUCAGUUUGAACUUUUGUUAACCACAGGUACUUUACGACUGGCCGUGCUUUGACCGUUAUUUCUCCUAUUUGAAAUUCUUUACAAUUGUACACACCUUUUGAUUUAAAUGUUUUUUCAAAACAUUCAGAAUUUGCCGAUUGUAUUUAAAUAUGUCUCAGUUUUUGUUUGCUAUGUAGAGAUAUUUUCCUUAUUUUAAUUGCAAUUUCUUUUGCUGAAAUCACAUGACAUAUGUAUGCUUGAGAUGUAUGUAGUAUUUUCAUAUUGAAAUAGUACUACGACAGAAUCUGUCAUAGAUGCUUAGUUCAUACACCACAACUACAUUUUGGAGUCUCAUUUUUUAGCUGAUUUUCCAGUUUGGGUGUUUGAGUGAAGCUAUCUUUUCUUUUCUUUUUAUUCAGCACUGACAAUAUUUUUCAAGUAAAUGUAAGUUACGGACAUUUAAAAUGAGUCCUGAUGUGUGCUACAGCCAUUUAAAAUAUGUCAAUUUUAUAUAGAAUAAAGAACAGCUGUUUAGUGUGUUGCAACGUAUAAGGGAAAUCUGAUAGAAAAUGACAAAUUUAUUGCAAUUUGCUUUGAAAUAUAGAUAAAACACGAAUGUUUCAAUGUUUAGGGGUUUUUUUGUUUCUCAAAAAACUGCAUGUUUGUUGUCUAUAGAUUAUUAAUCUUUAGCAGUCAAAAAGUAACAUUGAACAUAUUUAUCAGUUUAAAUGUGUAAUUUGUAUGAAGAUCAGAGUAGAAAAUGACAAAACAGCACAAGACAAGGCUACGGUUAGGAUAACUGAUUGAAAAUUGUGUUGCGAAUUUGACGCGUUGUCUUAUAUUACUGAAAAUGCCAUAAAACCUUGUAUUUUGUCAUGCAUAUAGGUUGCUUGUAUCUUUCAAAUGGAACUGACACAAUCUUAGAGAAAAAAAAUCUUAUCGGCAUACAGACACUAAAUAGGAAAAUGGCGCGAAAACAAACGGUAGUCGCAUAAUGGCUGAUUCAAAUAGUUCUCAGAUUUCUUUGCUCUGUAGAGCUAUUUUCCUUAUUUUCUUCGCAUUUUUUGACAAAUGUAUGCUUCAGAUAUAAGUAGCAUUUUCAUAAUGAAAUAAUACCAUGACAAAAUUUAUCAUACUAAAGAUUAUACGCCACCACUACAAUUUUGGGUCUCAUUUUUUAGCUUAUUUUGCAUUUUGUGUGCUUGACUGAAACUAUUUUUCUUGCAUCAGUCAUGACCCACACUUUCUUUUAAUUUUUAUUCAGCACUGACAAUAUUUUUCAAGAAAAUGUGAGUUACAGAUACAGCCACUCGAAAUAAGUCGACUUUAUAUAG